AUGGAGCCCGUUUGCCCUAUUGGGUUGCUGUGUGCCUCUGAAAUCUCUGCUCUUCUCUCUCCUCCCUCACCUCUUCAAGUUCAGGAAUAUUAUAACAACCUUUUGUCUUCAAGAGGUUGCACUGGUAUCACAGUCAAACAGGAUGGCAAGUUUGGAAAAGGUGUAUAUGCAGACAAGGAGUUCAAAGAGGGAGAACUUGUGCUGAAGGACCCCAUGUUUGUGGGGGUUCAACAUUCCCUCAACAAGAUUGAUUGUUUGGUCUGUAGUUUCUGCUUUCGUUUUAUUGGUUCCAUUGAACUUCAAAUAGGAAGGAGGCUUUACAUGAAACAACUAAGUGCCAAUAAGAUUCAUGGAUGCGAUGUUGGAAACUCUUCACAAAACUUCCAUGGAAUGGAUUCAUCUGAUGAAGAGGAGAGCACUCAGCAAUGUACUUCUGGGAGUUCCAAAACUAAGGUUCCUCUCCCUGAAGGUGUUGUGGAAUCAUUAAUGAAUGGCCAAUUGGUGUUGCCUUACUCUGAGAAGUUCUCCUUGCCGCCAGCUGUUCCAUGCCAUGGUGGAUGUGGAGAAGCCUACUAUUGCAGCAUGUCAUGUGCAGAAGCUGAUUGGGAAUCCUCCCAUUCGCUACUCUGUACUGGUGAGAGUUCUGAUCCAGCUCGUAGAGAGGCACUCCUUAAAUUCAUCAAACAUGCUAAUGAAACAAAUGAUAUAUUCAUCCUUUCUGCAAAGGUGAGGUGGUGGGACUGCAUUGCUUUGCCAGAUGAUGUUGAUUCUUCUGACGAACCCUCAUUCAGGCUGCAAAUCAAAGAGUUGGCAUUUGAGUCUCUCCAACUUCUUAAGGCAGCCAUAUUUGACGAGGAAUGUGAACCAUGUAUCCUUACAGAUACUGAUUUUGUGAUGUAUUCUUUGUUAUUCUCCCUUGAAAUCUAUGGACAUAUCAUCGGCAUGUUUGAGCUGAAUAAUCUGAAGAGUCUGAGAAAAUUACGCAACCGAUUCUGGAUGCACUUGGUGAAGAUUAUUCUAUUUGUUGCGAAGGAUAAAGAUGGCCAAGCAACAAUAAUUGCUCAGAGGUCCAUUUGUAAAGGAGAAGAGGGCUUGCAGAUAACCAUAUCAUAUGUUGAUGAGGACCUUCCAUUUGAAGAGAGGCAAGCAUCCCUUGCAGAUUAUGGUUUCAGAUGCAGGUGUUCAAAGUGCAUUGAAGAAGAGCCAUAA